CUCGCGCUGCAUCCUGGGUACCUGACGACUUCUCUCAACAUGGCGUCCCGUGCCCUGCACCAGUGUGUCCGCUCUCUCGGCCGACCUUCGCUGUGGCUUCUGCCCACCAACCUGGCAGUGAGAGUCCCCCCGGUCUUUGCUGCAGCCGCCCUCCGACCUCUCUCCUUCACUGCAGCCAGCAGGAAGACGCGGUGGCUCGGUCAGAGCUAUAUCUCCUCAGGCGUGCUGUGCCGGCAAUACAGCGACCUGCCUCCUCUCACCCUUGAUACCAUCAAAGACCGAGUUAUGUAUGUCCUCAAGCUCUACGACAAGAUUAACCCCGAGAGACUGCAGACGUCCUCCCACUUUAUGAAAGACUUGGGUCUGGACAGCCUGGACCAGGUGGAGAUCAUUAUGGCCAUGGAGGAUGAGUUCGGCUUUGAGAUUCCUGACGCGGAAGCCGAGAAGUUAAUGACUCCUUCGGAGAUUGUAAAUUACAUCGCAGACAAGAAGGAUGUUUAUGAAUAGGAAGAGAGAAGAUAAAAAAAACCCUAACAGGCAAGUCUACAGUGGGACCUACAGUCCAGUCGUACAAAAUUUUGACUUUUGUUUCUUUGAUACAGGGUCACACCAUCCAACCUCCACAGAAAGGUGGCACCAAAUAAUGUGUCUGUGUCCUCGCCGUUGGCGCUUCUCCAUUCGUGUUGUUGUCAGCAUCUGUUCCAGCUGCAGCGUCUGGCGUUUGUUUGUAUUUAAAUGAACGUCUCAUUUAAAAUGUCUUUGUUUUCCCCUUCCACACAUUUAAAUAAUUUCUUGAGUUGAUCAAUAAAGAUAUUGCCUCGGCAUAAGGCA